UCCUUCUGCACAGCCUGUGUCAGGGUUAGGGUUUCAAUCCAAGACCCACUUCAGUCCAAGACCAGCCAGCCUUCACUAGUUCCCUAUUUCACUCUGUUUUUAUCCAGGAGCUUGACGACCGUUGUGUGAUUUGUCCGUGGCGGGUCGCUAUGAGCCUCUGGGUGAUCAGUGGCUGCCUCCUGGCCUUCCUUCUGGCUCUUUACUAUCUGCUGCAGACCGACCCACCCUCUUCAGUGAGGUUGCCAGCCAAGGAGCUGAGGAUCGUGCUUGUUGGUAAAACGGGGGUUGGGAAAAGCACAACUGGAAACUCAAUCCUGAGGAGCGGAAAUUUUGUUUCCAAGAUGAGCUCCAGGUCAACCACACAAAUGUGCGAAAAGGGAGAGGUGAUACGGAGAGGCAGGAAAAUCGUGGUGGUGGAUACUCCUGGUUUUUUUGACACCACCCUGCCACCAACAGAAAUUGCUGAGGAGGUGAAAAAGUGCGUGAGCUUCACCCACCCGGGUCCCCACGUCAUUAUACAGGUCCUUCGGCCAGGUGCUUUCAGCCGGGAGGAGCAGCAAGUGGCCGAGAUCAUCAGAGGGAUCUUCAGUUUGAAAGCAAAGGCCUACCUGAUCAUGCUAUUCACCCGAAAAAGUGACCUGCCAGGAGGGUCUCUUGAGCAGUUCCUGCAUAAUGCAGAUGAAGUGCUUCUGGACCAGAUUGCCCAGUGUGGGAACCGGUUCCUGGCUUUCGAUAACAAGGCCCGGGGGAGAGAACAGGAGGUUCAGAUUGAUGAACUAAUUCAGAUGAUUGAUAACCUGGUAAAACGUAACCGGGCUCUGGGCGCUCCCCACUACACCAAGGACAUGUUAGAGCAGGACCAAAGGAAUCGUUCUUGUGUCAUCUUGUAAGGAGCGCUGGAAAGUCUCUCCCAUCAAAGGGGGCAGCACUGAGCUCCCCAACAGAGCGACUUCCCCAACUCGGGGUCCCCCAGAUGCCUUGGUGCUGUCAGGAUCUACGCAAGCCAGAAAUCAUAGCUUCAUUUAAUUUAGACUAGCAAUGCAUAUUUGACAGUUAAAUGUUUAAAUUGUUAAUUGGAGGCCCACUUGCUCGCUCCUGCCAUCAUCGUUAGGAGAAGGGGGGAGGAAGCUGCCAAGCCAGGUGCUGCCGUUAUCGCUGCAGAGGCGCCAACAAGGUCAAGCAACCGUGAGACCAGGAGAAAGGCGCGAGGAAUUUCAAGUGGGACAAGA